UAAACUUAGUUUCUGUAUGAGCAUCCGCGUAAGGAGGCUUCUGAUUUUCUGGUCUGGUGGAGGGUUGGGUGGGAACUUGGGUAUCAUUUUUCUCUUCUCUCUUGCUCUUGCUAAGACCCUAGUACCUGAUCUCUAACUCAGAAUUAUGUAUCUUUGAGGCAGAAAUCUCCAUGCAAGAAGAGGGAAGAAUGGCAAAUCUUAUCUGGUAGGGUACCUUUCCCUAAAGUUUCAAUUUUAAGUCAUUCAGACUCAUACUUUUCCUCUCCUCCCUUCUAUUCCCUUGGUUGCUGGACUUUCCUUGGGAACUAUCUGAUGCCUCAGACUUUUCCCUGCUUUAAUCCGUCUUGCUCAGGUGCUUUCACUCCCUUUCCAGAAGGCAGGCAUUCUACCUCCAGUUACUCCAUCUAGCCAGACUGGUUUGAAUCAGCCACACCCCCUUCCGAGCUUCUGGGGCUCUUCGGAUGGUGGCUGGCCACCCAACCCCACCCCUGGGCUUGGCUUGGAGCCCUGAGUCAGCUCCAUCUCCAUCCAAGCCAAAUCAAACCUGGGGCAGGAGCCGAAACUCACAGUUCCUCAAGACCUAUAGCCAGGUAAGAGUCCCUGUUUGUUUUUACAUUUUCUCUGAUCUCAAUUCCCUGGACCCUCUCCUUGUGUUCUCCCCUGAUGACUGUACUGUGUUUACCUCAUCUCAGUUCUUUCCUCAUAUCCAUUUUCCUGCAGCUUUGUGGUACAUAUCAUUCUUGGCUCUUGUCUUGCCUCUUUAACCUUUCCUAUCCUUUGUUAACUUGUGUUCUGAGAACUGCAAAUGUUUUCAUUUUGUCUAGGGUGAAGGGGAAUGGUUGGGAAUGAAGGUAGAGAGGCAGUUUGAUGCCAGGGCUCUGAGGGCUUGGGAAAUAGGGAGAUGAGAAAUGAUUAAGUAGGGCAUCAUUAUGCAGGUUUCUGUGUGGCUUAUGAGGUCAUUUGGACUCAGUGUUAAUCUGAUUGUGUUGUAUGACCUAGGUUAAAUGGAGAGAGGAGGUGGAAGGGAGUCAGCCUAGCAAGGGAGGCUUUGAUUUGGGGAGGGUGAGGUGUUUCUGAAGUUGAGUUUCCUCAGCUACAAAGAGCUUGGAUGGGUACUUUUCCCCUCCUUUCCCCCAUCCCCAGGACUGUGUCUUCACAUGAAAUCGCUGAUUUCCUUAACAUGGAGUACAGGACCUAGGAUGCCAUUCUCUGAUUCCUCCUUAAUAUUUGAGGGCAGCCUCUAAGGAACUUCAGGGCCCUUUGAAAUACAGUUGAAAAUCACUGAAUUGGGUAGUCUCAGACUCCUAGCAGUUUUUGAGAUUCUGUGUUUUUCUACUGCCUCUCAGCAUGCACCUGUCAUUUUGCUUUUCCCCACUUGCCAAAACAGUAAGUAAUACAGAUAAUGCUACAUUCAUACCAGCUUGCCUUUAAAGACUGGGAACCUUAGGCUGAGGAAAAAGGAUUCCAGACAUAUAUUUCCUCUCAGUCUGUGAGUCACUAGGGGGAAUUCCUCAGGUAAGGCAGCAUUCCUGAGAGUUCAGCUAGGCUAUGACAUGAUCAGAGAGACGGGUAGAGUCUGAGCAAGACUCUACUAGGGGUUCAGUUGUUGGGCUUACAAGUAUCUUGACUGUAUCGCCCACAGGUGAUGGAGGACGAGGAGAAGGCAGUAGAGAGCUUGGUGAGCAACACGGAAGCUGCUCGUUCUCCAUCCCCCAUUCGCUGCUGCUCGCUCCGCCUCCGCUACUUGGCAGCUACUAGCAUUAUAUGUGGCUGCUCUUGCCUGGGAGUCGUGGCCCUUGUGUUUGCCAUCAAGGCGGAAGAGCGGCAUAAGGCAGGCCGGUUGGAGGAGGCAGUGCACUGGGGGGCCCGGGCCCGGAGGUUCAUCCUGGCCAGCUUUGCCGUCUGGCUUGCUGUCCUUGUUCUGGGCCCGCUGCUUCUAUGGCUGCUCUCCUACGCCAUCGCCCAGGCUGAGUGACCCUAGCUGGCCUUUGCCGAGAGUCAGCCGAGACAUCCUGAAUCCUGCAAUGCGGCAUUGCUAGGGUCUGGUGCCAACAAUGGUACUUCCUGGCUGGAAGGAUGGUGCCUCUCUCAAAGGGCUUUGGAAGAGAGAGGCAGCAGCUGAGACUGAUGAGGGGAGGUCAGCUUGCUCUGUUCUUUCAGUGCCCACCAUCCCCUAUUCCCCCCAAUCUCCUCCAUCCUAGAGGCCUCUAGGAGGUGGGGUUGAAGCCCAGGCCUGAUUUUAUUAGUAUUUGUUUUGUAAUAAAAAUCUUUUUUAGUGG